GCCGGAGGAAGGAAGUAGUUUUAUCAAUGUAUGAAUAAUGAUCUUGCGAGUUGUAUCGUCUGCUGUUGAGAGUAUUAUUUUCAGUGCAGUAAUUUGGUCAAAAGUUUCGGCAGUGAUUGUCUGAUAUGAAGUUUCAGAGUUUCUGAAAUGAGAGACUUUUCUUUCAAAUGAUGUAAUUGCUGGGCAGGUCACUCUUAUGGCAGAAAAGCUGUGCUGAUCUUGGGAGGAUGGCUUUACGAUCUUCAUAAGUUCGUAAAGGAACAUAUUAUCAUGGAUCGAUAUACAGUACUUAGAAUAAUUGGAGAAGGUUCCUUUGGAAGGGCUCUGUUGGUUCAGCCUAAGAACAGAAGUGAUCAGCUUGUGAUGAAGGAAAUCCAGUUACCAAAGUCAUCUUCUGGUAUGCAGGAUUCUCGGAAGGAGGCUAUUUUACUAGCGAAAAUGAACCAUCCUAACAUUGUUGCCUUUAAAGAAUCAUUUGAAGCUGAUGGAUACCUGUACAUUGUCAUGGAAUACUGUGAUGGUGGAGAUCUCAUGCAGAAGAUCAAACAUCAGAAAGAUAUGUUAUUGCCGGAAGAUGUGAUAUUCAAUUGGUUUGUACAGAUAUGUCUAGGUGUGAAACAUAUACAUGACAAGCGAGUGCUUCACAGGGAUAUCAAAUCAAAGAAUAUUUUUCUAACUAAAAAUGGAGCAGUCAAACUUGGAGACUUUGGAGCAGCACGUAUCCUUAACAGCCCUGCGGCAUUUGCUUGUACAUAUGUGGGAACACCCUACUAUGUGUCUCCAGAGAUUUGGGAGAACAGACCUUACAACAAUAAGAGUGACAUGUGGGCCCUGGGAUGUGUGCUUUAUGAACUUUGUACUUUGAAACAUCCUUUCCAAGCUCACAGUUGGAAGAAUCUGAUCCUUAAAAUCUGCAGUGGAUCUGUUGCUCCAAUUCCAUCUAAUUACUGCUAUGAACUGCAUUAUUUAAUAAAACAGAUGUUUAAAAGAAAUCCCAGAGAUCGCCCAUCCGUAAAUACCAUUCUAACUAAAGGACGUUUAUACAAGCUUAUCAGCAAGUUUUUGUCUCCAGAGCAAAUGAAAGCUGAGUUUAGUGAAAACUUACCAAGGAAAAAAAGAAAAUCUGGGACGAGGCAAACAAUUAAAGCUUCUCAGCAAGAAGUAGCUUCCAGAGAGGGUGCGAGCAAUCAGAAAAAUGACGUUUGUAAGUGGAACAGAGCAGAAGGUGAAAAUAUUGCCAGAUUUUUGGGUGAGAAAACGCUGGAACAGACAGCUUCUCAUAUGGAAGUUAGUCCGUCAGAUAACUGGGUGUUUACCUCAGCAGAAGAUGACCUUCAGGGUCCUAACAGACGUCAUUGGCUAAAGGAUCCCUCAAACACUGUUCUAAAUGCUCUGGACAAGGCGACUCUACUUUCUGUCUCUAGAACAACUGAAGAGGACAAAAGCACUGAAGCCAAGGACCAAAGUGCUCAUGAAGGAAAGGCACGGAAACAGUGGGUUAAAGAACCACCAGAAACACUGAUGAACAUCCUGAUGAAUGCAGAUCUUUCAUUGGCAUUCAAAACAUACACAAUAUUUAAAAAAGCAACAAAUGAUUUCUUAAUUGGCCCAUUGUCAGAUAGAACUCAGAUGGAAGAUAACAUUGAUGGUACUGAAGCAAGUAUUUCUACUGACCCCUCGAGAAUGGAACCCAGAUCUGAUGAGGAAGACACGGAAUUUGAAGAGGAAGAAAAUGAUCCAGAUUGGGUAUCUGAGCUUCAAAUGAUGACAAAUCUGUCCUGAAGUUUCUUUGUCAUUAUAUAAAAAUACAGCUUUGCAGUAAAUGCAAACUAUGUCUAAAUAUUUUUAGAGCUGUCUACUUGGAUGGAUGCUUAUUUAUUCAGUUUUGAUUUUAUGACUAUAUUUGAAACAUGUCAGUUUAGCCUAUUUAUAUUCUUUGUAUGACCACAGAUUAAUGUGCUGUGUGACAUAAACAGAGUUAAUUUGGUGUUUACUCUUAAGUACAGAAGUGGUUGUGAAUAGCUUAUAUAUCUGGUGCAGCUUGUUACAUAAAGUAUGACACAGAUUUUGCUAUAUUUCCUGUUGUCAGACAGGAGAAUUAUUUACAGUUGUGUCAUUGGAUGCUAUGUGGCCCAAAAUAUUUGAUGCAUUCAGAAAAUGUCACUGUUAGAUAUUGGGGUUAGCUUUGAGGGUGUAGAUUAUCGUUUUGCAUUAGUGAUACUUUUUACAAAUUGAAGAACAUUCUAGGAUACAGAUGUAAUCAUUAAUGACUCCCUUCCUUAUCCUGGCUGAUAAGCUGUUACUAACACAGAUAAGAAGGUGGAUAAGAGAAUGAAGGUAGAAUUAUAGCUUCUCUUUGUAGGACUGCUAUUUUGCUCAUCACAUAAUCUUUAUACAGCAGCAAGAAUUUAAUUGCUGAAGUUUUGUUUCUUUGGCAUCAUAAAUAUCAUUUUGAAGUUCUGUAAUCCUCUUAACAUCAGCAGCAUCUUUCAAUCAACUCCAUUCUAGGAAACUGACCAAAAGCUCUGAAAAAUAUUCUCUGUACCUCCUUAUUUGUGAUCCAAGUUCAAGUAUCAACCCAAGUGCGCUACAUUUAACUGCAUGGACACUGCAGAGCUGAUAAGAGCAUCAUACUGAGAACAGCAGAGACGAUAGAUGGUUUUGAAGCACUACUAAGAUGAUUCAAGGCAUAUACGUUUGAUGUAAACUUAAACCUAGUGUGAGCUCUUGCAUUUUAGCUCAUUAGAGGCAUUACUAUCAAAAACGUGAUGUGCUGAAGGAAUGUAUUUACAA